UAUUGUUGACUUACUCUGUGUAAGGAAAGUAAAUGGUUUUGAGUGAUCGUCUUGUGUGAAAACGAAUAUUAUUUAGCUUUUUCAGAUUGUGCAGGAAUAAAGACCGUCUGUUGGAGCAAAGUGCUUUUGUUUAUUUAUUCAAACGUGCAACACAAAGUUCAACAAAACACUGUCGCAUGAAAGUAGUGCGCAAUUCAACACGACAAGGGCGUCUGCGCUGGUGCGAAAAUUGUACCCAAUAUAUCCAGCAUAAUAGUCCAAUUGCAAGCACAGACUCGCACGCUGCCAGAGCUCCAGCGGCUGACAAAGCGAAGCAGUGGAAAAGGUCGCACGGUCUGUUACAGUAACUUUCGAGACCACAAACCUAUUUUCAUCAGGUGAAGUGAGAACUGAGUCGCUGUCCGAGUCGAAGAUUAUUUGUCUUGCUCGCAUGAGCAUGUUCUCUUGACAACUACUAAAUUUCCAAAGCCAAUGGCAGAACUAAUUGGGUUCAAACCUCCUUAAAGGGGCCGUGUGCCACCCAGGAGUCCGUAAAGCAGAUGUUUCGGGCAGAUUAGUAAAAAUGCUGCAGUGUUUAAAAAUGACAUGGCUGCAACUGACAGGAGCCAUAUCUAUUUUAAACCAAUAAAUUACUAAUACAUCAUCCAUAACUCCAAACACUCAGUCGUAACAUCUUCAGCAAUAACAAAAGAAACAAGGUAACCAAAUGACAAAUGCAAAAUAUUAUAAAUGUAUUGUACGCAGAAGAUAUAUACAGUUCUGAUGCUGGAAAAGUUAAUUAUCUAACAAACUACACACCAUGGGUGGUGAAGCUAUGAAGAUGGAGAAUGGACAGAGUAUAGGUUCAAAGCUUGGCCUGCCACAACUCACCACAGAGCAGCAGGAGGCUCUACAGAAGGCAAAGAAGUAUGCAAUGGAGCAGAGCAUUAAGAGUGUUCUGGUGAAGCAGACCAUCGCUCACCAGCAGCAGCAACUAACAAACCUCCAGAUGGCAGCAGCAACAAUGGGCUUUGGAGAUCCUCUCUCACCUUUACAAUCAAUGGCAGCCCAACGACAGCGUGCGUUAGCCAUCAUGUGUCGAGUUUACGUGGGCUCAAUUUAUUAUGAGCUGGGAGAGGACACUAUUCGUCAAGCUUUCGCUCCCUUUGGACCCAUCAAAAGCAUUGAUAUGUCCUGGGACUCUGUCACCAUGAAACACAAGGGAUUUGCCUUUGUGGAAUAUGAAGUCCCAGAGGCAGCACAGCUUGCCCUGGAACAGAUGAACUCGGUCAUGCUGGGAGGCAGAAACAUCAAGGUGGGCAGGCCAAGUAAUAUUGGACAGGCUCAGCCCAUCAUUGACCAGCUAGCAGAAGAGGCACGGUCCUUUAACCGUAUCUAUGUAGCAUCAGUACAUCCAGACCUGUCUGAUGAGGACAUCAAGAGUGUCUUUGAGGCUUUUGGGAAAAUCAAAUCCUGCACGCUAGCCAGAGACCCCACUACGGGCAAACACAAAGGUUACGGCUUUAUUGAAUAUGAAAAGGCUCAGUCGUCUCAGGAUGCCGUUUCUUCGAUGAACCUCUUUGACUUGGGUGGUCAGUUUCUUCGUGUCGGUAAAGCGGUCACACCCCCAAUGCCGCUGUUAACUCCGGCUACCCCCGGGGGCUUACCGCCCGCUGCAGCAGUGGCAGCGGCAGCAGCCACAGCCAAGAUCACAGCACAGGAAGCAGUAGCUGGAGCUUCAGUCCUAGGUGCACUCACAACAACCACAGCACUUACGUUGGGGCAGCCACUAGGUUCUCUUCCGCUGGCAGUAAUGGCAGCACAAGCACCUGGCGUCAUCACAGGUGUGACCCCGGCUCGGCUGCCCAUGCCAAUUACUAUCCCACAGGUUGGGUUAGUGAACCCAGUCCUGGCUUCCCUGCCGACGCUAGUAGCCGCGGUGGAGGCCAAGAAAGAGGAAGAGAUGGGAGUGGACGGGGAGCGCACAGAGAUGCUGAGUGAACAGGAGCACAUAAGCAUCUCGGGCAGUAGUGCCAGACACAUGGUCAUGCAGAAACUGAUGAGGAAACAGGAGUCGACGGUGAUGGUGCUUCGGAACAUGGUUGGUCCCGAGGACAUCGAUGAUGAUCUUGAGGGCGAGGUGACGGAGGAGUGUGGGAAGUUCGGAGCAGUGAACCGUGUGAUCAUCUACCAGGAGAAGCAGGGGGAGGAGGAGGAUGCUGAGGUGAUCGUCAAGAUAUUUGUGGAGUUUUCAACGGCAACCGAGAUGGACAAAGGCAUCGAGGCGCUGAAUGGGCGUUGGUUUGGAGGCAGGAAAGUCAUUGCUGAGGUGUACGAUGAGGAGCGCUUCAACAACAGUGACCUGUCCGCUUAAAUAUUCUCGCUCUCACACACACACACGUCCUGCCACAAUUGCUGUUCUUUUUUGCUUUUAAUAUUUUUUUAUACUGUUAUUGUUGUUAUUACUAUUCAAAUGCUCUUGGGUAUGAAAAGAUACAAAUAUGAUGGCAGCGUCUCCUAGAUUAAUAUCCUAUGUGUUUUGUUAUUUGUUUUAAUUGUCUUUAUUCCAUAUUGUGAAGGACUGAAUAUAUUGAGAUGUGUUUCUUUUUUUUUUAAUAUAUCAGAAGUACAUAGUAAAUAUUGUCAUUACCAAGAGGAUAUAACACUGUCCAUCUUUUUAAAAAAUAAAGAACAGGGUAGCUCAUUUGAAGUGUACCACUUUGCUUUUGAGCUGUAAGUCGCAAUUCAUAGAAUGGUUAAAUCUUAUUGUAUGAAACUUGCUGUUAGUAAACGUUGCACGUUUAUCGAAUAUGUUGCAGGAUCGUUGAGUUCACCCAUGGCAUUAGGGCAUGUCUAGGUUAUACACUGUAUGGGUGUUCACUGAUAUUGUUUAUUUUUAUACCCUGUGAAUAUUUUUUCAACAAAGGAAAAUAAGGAUUUUUAACAGGUGUAACCCUCUUGUUAAGUACUAAUUCACCUGAUUUAUUAUGAAGUCUCCUUUGAAACAUUAAAGUGGUUCAAGCU